CCUGCCCCCAGUACCCAGUUUCUCUCUACUUCCUGUCAGCUUGGCUGUCCUGCAUGGUGAUGGGCUAUGGUCCCAAACUUAGCCAGAUGGCGUCAGAGGCACUCUGUAAAGUGGGAGAUGGGGAGGAGGCCAUGCUGAAGAAGGAAACUCUCCACGUUUUGAAUGCACUCAAUCAAAUGUCGAAGCCCUUUCCCAACGCCAAGUCUAUGAACAGGACUGUCACUGCCAAAGGACUCCCACUUUCUUCAAGGAGCAGUUUGGUUAACUUCCUGGAGGAAGAUACCAUCGACCUACUGAAGCCGAUGCCAACGGAGGAUUCCAAAUGCAGCUCUGACGACACCAGCAUCGCCCCCAGCUCAUUCACUUUGUCGAAUCCCAUCAAACUGGUCGUGACCCAACCCAGCAGCAGCUUCUUUGCAGGGAUGCUGGAAGGCGAGCUGGACAAACUCAGCAUCUCCUCAGUGGCUGAGAACAUAGUAAAGAGGGACCUGGCGGUCCACCCCCAGCAAUCCAAGCCCCAAAUUGCUCCUGGCGGCCUGCUGGACCUUGACAACCCUGAUGUGAACGCAGACACCUCCUCAACACCCUCGGAGUCCUCUGUGACCAUGGAAUUGCCAGAGGCCCCCUUCAUCUAUGAACACACAGUCAGCAAUUCCACAGCUGUGAUUUCCUGGACCUAUGCCUUCAGCAAGCAGCAGGUCAGCAUCUACCAGCUCCUGUUGCAGGAGGCAGACAAGACAAGAGACAAGCUGCCCAAAGCAAAAAAUCACCGCUGGGUCUUCAACGAGAUUUUGGGCACCACUGUCAAGCUGAUGGAGCUGAAGGCUGACACAAGUUACUGCGUCACCAUCCGUGCAGCCAACACAGCUGGGGUGGGGAAGUGGUGCAAGCCCUACAGAUUUGCAACCGUGGCCACUGACUUGAAGAGCUUCCCCGAGAACAACCCCAUCCAGAUCACAGUACGGCGCAAGGAACCCCAGCGGAAAACUGUGUCCAUCGGGCUGGAGGAGAUAUGGAGGCUGGAAGACCUGGAAUACCGAUUUCUCUACUAAGGGGG